GGCGGUGUUCAACGAACUAAAAAAUAUCGCUUAGUUUUAUAGUUGUCUCAAUAAUUCAUAAUCAUAACCAAAACCAUUACAAUGGAUGUAGAUGAAUCUGUUGACAUUGUACAAAGCUAUUUAAUAUUAAUAGAACAUGUCCAACAAGUAGUGCACUUUUUUAGUGGAAACAACUUCAAACAUUAUCCAACCAUUCGUCAAAAGUUAAUUGACUGUUGCCAGCAGAUUGAUAAUAUAAUUUCCUUGGAAAAAAAUCAUCACAAUUUCGAGGCGUUGUGUCAACAGAAACAUCAGUUGACAAUGUCGUUCACCAUAAUAGAAAAUAUAAUAAAAAAAGAAUCCAACGAUAAUAAGUUCAAUGAGCCGUUAUCGCAAUACUCAUUCUUUUGCCUUAACAAUAACUCUCAACGCCAAGUACCUGAAAAUGAAACAAUAAAAAACCUUAAAAGUCAAUCAAAAAAUAGUUCUAUAUCCACUGAGGAAAUUCCCAAAGUACGUGGUAUACAUGACAUUAUUGGACACCAUGAUAUAAAAAAAGUGUUAAAGACUUUGGUCAUCUUGCCUAAAACUCAGCCACAAUUAUUUUACAAUCGUCGCAUUUGUAACAGUAUUCUCCUCUAUGGUCCUCCAGGAACUGGCAAAACUCACCUGACUCAUGCCUUGGCAGCUGAAGCGCACGCUCAUUUUUACUGCAUUUCUGCCAGUGAUGUUUUAUCUCACUAUGUAGGAGAAACGGAAAAAAAAAUUAAAAAUGUGUUUGAAAAUUUAAAAGGCAGUUGUGAAUUUUCAAUUUUGUUCAUUGAUGAAAUUGACGCGCUUUGUAGAAAACGCACCGAAAAUGAGCAAGAAUAUACUAGAAGAAUUAAAACAGAAUUCAUGUUUCAAAUGUCAAAUAUUGCGGACUGCACCAACAUAGUUGUAAUGUCUGCCACGAACUGUCCUUGGGACUUGGAUUCUGCAAUUGUGAGAAGGUUUCAAAAACGUAUAUAUGUACCUUUACCUAAUCAGUUAGAACGCCUGGAAUUUUUCCGAUUUUUGACAAAUAACGUAAAUUUUGAGAGCGACGUGAACGAAUGCACUUUGUUGGUUCAAAGGACUGAUGGUUAUUCUGGUUCUGACAUCUAUGAUGUUGUACAAUCUGCCUUAACUUUUCCGCUUAACGAACUCGAAGACAAUAAAAUUUGGAAGUAUUGUGCUGAUGGGUUUUAUGAGCCAGUUUCAGCAGAACAAGAUUUUUCUAACGUUAUUUGUUCUGAAUUAGGUGACUUACCUUGUAGCUCAGUUAGAGCACGAAAAGUUCGCUUAAAUGAUCUUCUUAAUGCUACUAAUGUCGUCAGACGUACAGUAACAAAAGCUGACGUGAACAAAUACGAGAGCUUUAAUGGAAUUUAAGCAAGGGAAUGGAUUUUCGUUAUGUAUACCUAUAUAAUAUGUACACAUAAAAAUUUAAUAAAUAAGCAAC